CCAGUGGCCAAGUGAUAUGAUCAUGGACCAGUCAAACAAAGAAGAUAAUGAGAGCAUGGCUGAUCCAGCUGAUGGAGGAGCUCUAGCCAUAUCUGAAGGUCCUAUGACUCGAGCCAGAAGCAAGCAACUCAAAGAAGCCAUUGGAGGAUUACUUAAGACAUCACUGAAGCAAGAAGAGAGUCUUGGAAGAAGCUUGAUCAACCAAGACACACUUACCACAAUUCAAGCCAUCUCACUUCCAAGAUAGACAUCAAAUGAGCAAGUACCAUGGCAGGAGAUCAAAAAGGAGAACUCACUAAGGAUGAAAAGCUUUUACUUAAGGCUAUGAGUGCUCAGAUGCAGGAGAAGAUGAAAGCCAGCCUUGAUAAAUUCCGGCAUGAGUUGAGACAGGAACUCCAACAAGCUACUGGUCAUAGUUUUGAGUCUAGAAGCAGUGAGAGGAGACAGACACGUAGGCAUGAAGGCCGAAGCAAUCACAAAGAUAAAUUGGCUGAUCAAAAGCUAAAAAUCCCUCCUUUCUAUGGUGAUGCUGAACCUGCUGCAUACGUGGAGUGGGAAGAGAAGAUGGAGUUGAUUUUUAACUAUCAACACUCUGCUGAAAGAAAGAAGGUUCAAAUGGCUACUGCUGAGUUUGUUGGUUAUGCUUCAAGCUGGUGGAAUCAAUUGGUGUCGUCUAGGAGACACUAUGGAAAAGAACCAGUUACAACCUGGCUUAAAUUAAGGGCUUUGAUGCGUCAUAAGUAUGUUCCAAGACACUACCACAAGGAACUACUUCAAAAACAGUCUGAAACAAAGCCAUGCUGUGCAAACUCAGUUCAGAAACAACAAGUCAGUAUGAGAUCAAGUCCAGCCAGUGUUACUGGUUUACCUAGCAAGACAACAAGCUGGUUCAGUGAGAAGGACAUAAAGAAGCUGUCUCAAGUGGUGAUGGAUGUGGAAAAGCAACUCAAAAGGACCAACACAGCACGUCCAUCCAUGGAAACACAGCACCAAGAACCAGUUACUACUGUCUCAGAACUCAAAAAUGUAGAACCAGAGUCAGCUGCACCAAUUCAAGAAGUCCAAACCGAAACAUCUAUGGAGAAGGAAAAUUCUAAGAUAGGACAAGAGUGUUCUCUUUUCUUACCUCAGUCUGAAUUUAAUUUUAAUAAUUCCUUUGAAGAACUAACUUGUCUUGAACCGUUGCAACCGAGUAGCAUUGUUUCAGUGUCACAGGUUGCAAAAGAAGAUUCAGCAGAAAGAGAAGCAGAGCAAUCAACACAAGGACAAAAGUUGGAACAGCCGAACAGCUUGCAGUCAAAUACAACUCCUGAAUCCUUGUCUUAUGACCUGCAAAAGCACUGUAAGGAGUUUAAUAUGGUUACUUCUGUGCCUGAAAUGUUUCUUAUGGUUAGUACUCAUGAUGUGAAGCGUUUUGGUCUUGACAAAGUUAAAGAUUUUUGUGUUUCAAACUCUGUUUAUGACAGCAUGCUUAAAUCUUUCAAAGAACUUGAACCAGAUAAACUUUUUGAUAAAAAAUAUUUUCAAUAUGGUAAUAAAAACUUUUCUGGUCAUGUUUUGAGUUUUGAACAAUUUAUGAAUCACCAUGAAAAGAUUUUAGAACCUGUUUUCAAGCCAACCGAGUUCUAUUUUAGAAAACCUUUUGAUUUGUUUGCUAGAACUGAAGAAAAUAGUUUUGUUGUGAACUUUCCUAGGCAUGAACUGAUCUCUGAUUAUUUUCUUGCAUCUACAUAUGUUUUGAAAGAACCUAGGAAGUUGCAUGAACCGAUAUUGCAUCAUUCUGAUGUUAGGGUUGAAAUUGUGAAGUCUGCAAAUAUCUCUGAGUUUGAGCUUGACUGUUUGUGUGCUAAAAAUGAUUCUAAACGUGUAGGGUUGUUCUUUGAGGAUAUUCUAGUGUAUAACACUUUCUUUGAAAAACCUGUUCCACAAUUGAAACUAGAGUUCACUGAUUCUGAAUGUAUGAACUUAAUCCUUGAUGAUAUUUGGGUCUGCAAUAUUUUCUUUGAUAUGCAUAAUAGAUGGAGGAAUCAUACUGUUUUGUGCUUUGGAGACAUUCUGGUCUACAACACUUUCUUUGACAUGAUAACACACUUGUCUUGUCCAAAACAAGUUGAAAAAGGUACAGGUGAAGAAAGGGGCUAUAAUGAUCAGAGUAUCAAUGAUGAAUCCUUAGCUAAGUUUGAGUUGCAACAAUCAAAUCUUGGAAACUGUCUAGCCGCCAGCUUUGACAUAGGAGCAGUCCGAGGAUCAUAUCUCAGCAACCAGAAGGAAUUAAGCAACAAACUCGACUUCCAUGGAAACUUAACUCAUCAGGGGCUCACGGCGAAUUGGAAUCAUGUCCAAAGCUUCUCAGGAGAAAGAGUUAUGGGCUCUACAAGUCAGGUGAACCUGUGUUUGCUUUGUUUGAAUUUUUCUGAGUUUAUAACAUCUCAAUCCUAUCUAUGGCGACCAGGUGAGCAUGCUAAGGUAACUAAUCAUGUUUUCAAGAAUUCUUUUAUUGAUUACACAGAUAUGAUGCACUUGUUUUUGUCAAAAGAGCCAUGUGCAGAUUAUGAAGAAGCUUUGAAGCAUACAAGGAGAAAGAACAAGCGUGAGGAAGACAAGCGUUUCAAGCCACAUGAUCUGAACCUGGAGAGACAUCAGGACAUCACUUGCUUCAUCCUCAUCAAAGAAGCACCUCCAGAUGCAGCAUACAAGCUUGAUCUUCAAGGUAAGUAUGAUAUAAGUAAUAGCUUUAAUGUUACUGACUUGGCUCCUUUUGUUGCAGAUGAGCUAGAUUUGAGGACAAAUCCUUUUCAAGAGGGAGGGGAUGAUAUGAUCAUGGACCAGUCAAACAAAGAAGAUAAUGAGAGCAUGGCUGAUCCAGCUGAUGGAGGAGCUCUAGCCAUAUCUGAAGGUCCUAUGACUCGAGCCAGAAGCAAGCAACUCAAAGAAGCCAUUGGAGGAUUACUUAAGACAUCACUGAAGCAAGAAGAGAGUCUUGGAAGAAGCUUGAUCAACCAAGACACACUUACCACAAUUCAAGCCAUCUCACUUCCAAGAUAGACAUCAAAUGAGCAAGUAACAUAUGUGUGCUCUUUUUCCCUAUCUUUGGUUUUGUCCCACUGGGUUUUCCAAAGAUAGGUUUUUAAUGAGGCCAUAUGUUGCUUUCCUAUCACUCAUUUGAUGAUCUCAGUUCAAGACUUUAUUUUAAUUAUUUAUCUUUGCUAGACUUGAGAAUUAAGCUGCCAGACUUGAGAAUUAAGCUGCCAGACUUGAAAGCCCUUAUAAGGUUUUAUAUGGGUUACAUAAGGUUUAUUUUUAAGGCCCAUUUAGAGACCAAGGAGCCUGUUCCUUGCUUUCUCUAUAAAUAUGUGUCUGAAAACCCUAAUAGAGUUAUCCAAUCUUUUAUUUUCA